AGCUUUCAUACUCUACAUACAUAUAAAGAGAUAUGCUUAUACAUAUAUUUCUCUUAUAGUAUCGAGAUCUACCUAUAGUAACAUAUAGGUAAACUUUAAAUAUUCUUUAUCCAUUUCUUUACCUAUAGCAAAGUUCCCAUGACUGAAAGUAGUAGGUGUAGUAUAGGUAUGUUUUUUUGGAGUUCAUAUUCAUGAUUUUUUAUUUAAAUUAUUGUGAGAUGUUCCACCAAUGUUCAUACCUCGUUACCAGGAUUAUCUGCAGUAUUCCGCAGUGUGUAAAUUAUUGUGUGCAAACGUUUUCUAUGAUACAAUAAAAGUUAUCAGACAUUAACUAUUUUUCUGUAGUAAAUAGAAGUGGAUGUAAUUAAUGUUUGACGAAAAUAAAAAAAUACUUACAUUGAAUUAAAUGUUUGCUGAAAAUUGAUUAAAAACAAAAGUAAGAAAAUUGGCUUAGGAAAAAGAUUUAUUUUGUAAAUCCAUUACAAUGGCAGAUUUUGAUGCAAUUUAUGAAGAAGAAGAAGAAGAAAAUGAACAAAAUUCAGAGGACCACUAUGUAACUAUUGUUCCAGAUCCGAUUGUCGUUCGUGGAGCUGGUAAUAUGACUGUGUUUGGAUUAAGCAAUCGCUUUGAGGCAGAAUUUCCUAAUGGAUUAGUAUCAAGAGUAGCUCCAGAAGAAUUUAAAGCUACUGUUAUGAGAGUUAACAGUGUACUAAAAAAAACAUUACCUGUUAACGUUAAAUGGCUAUUUUGUGGCUGCGUAUGUUGUUGCUGUACUUUGGGAUGUUCAUUGUGGCCAGUUAUUUGUCUUAGUAAAAGAACACAACACUCGUUAAAUAAAUUAUUAGAGUGGGAAAAUAGUCGAUUAUAUCACAAGCUUGGAUUGCACUGGCGACUAACUAAACAGAGAUGCGAUAGUUCAUCGAUGAUGGAAUACGUUCUUUUGAUUGAAUUUAUACCCAAAAUACCGAUUUAUAAACCAGAUUAAAAUGUUACAAAUAAAGAGACGGUAUACUCAAUGUUUUAGGCUUGAGAUGUGUCAUAAAUCGUGAUAAUUUGUAAAAACAAAAUAUUAAUAUUAUAAAAAAAUGUGAAAUUUGAUUAAUUCAGGACGGUAGUAUGCUUUUAUUUACUAGAAUGCUUUUGGUGGUAGAUAGUUACUAUAUCGUGAUGAUAUAUUUUUGUAAAAACAAGUUACAAUGGUGCUCUAACACCAACAAAGAGAAAUAACUAAUCCAAACAAUAGAAAAAGUAAUUGAAUACUCAAGAUUGAUAUCUAUUAAAUGAUUUCAUAUAUCAAUUAAAAAGGAAAAAAAUUAAAUGUUAAGCUUUUCGUGUUUACAUUUUUUUUCAUGGAAAAUUUUUAUACGUCAGAAACAGGAUCAAAAUUUGACCUUGAUCAUAAGUAAAAACAAAUUCAAAUAAAAUCAACAUAGCUUUUUUUUUCGUAAAAAUUAUAUCUUAAAUUAUUGAAUUUCAUCCGUUGUUAAUAUUUUUAUUGUUAUCUUAUUAGUACGAUAAUCAUUUGCUAUUAGUAAAAUAAUUUAUCAGUUUAUAAAUAAGAAUAGAAUUACAAAAUUUUGAAAAUCAUCUUUGACGAUCAUGAAUAAUUUUUAUCUUUAAGAAAAUUUUAACCUCUCAAGUCCGUCCAAUAUCAAUAAGACCAUUGAAAAACUUACAAUUUAAACUUUUUUUCACUCUUGAUUAAUACGUAUAAAAGUUUAAUUUUAACUUUUAUUUCAUUUUAAUCUCUCGGGCUUGAUUGGUUACCGUUGUUUCAAUCGUAUGAGGUGCCCAAAGAAAAAAAUU